CUUUGGAUAAUAUGCUUAUGAUUUAAUUGUGUAUUGUAGCUCUCCUUGGGCAGCAACAGGAGGCAUGGAUAAUAAGCUUAUUAUAUGGGAUCUCCAGCACUCAAUGCCUCGUUUUACAUGUGAUCAUGAGGAAGGGGUUACAUGCUUGGCUUGGCUGGAUGCAUCUAGGUGCCUAGCUACAGGUUGUGUGGACGGGAAAGUACGGUUAUGGGAUUCUCUUUCUGGUAAUUGUGUGAGAACCUUUACUGGGCAUUCCGAUGCAAUUCAGUCUCUCUCUUUCUCUGCUAAUUGGGAUUUCCUUGUUUCGGGAUCAAUCGAUGGAACUGCCCGAGUAUUUGAGGUGGCUGAGUUUCACUAGGUAAAAUAUGCCUCCAUAAGUUCUAUGAAUCUUCAAAAGAGCACAAAACUUAUUUUCAUGUAACAUAGUGUUAUCAGGUACUGACAGUAUUCAACUGGUUAUGAUGCAUUUGCAGCAUAACAUAUACAUUUUUUCCUUUUCGUAAGUUACAUUAUUUCUUCCAAUAUUUUUUAUUUUUAUACUAAUACGGUUCAAGAUAGCAACUGUGAUUUUAUAUGAAACUAUUAUAUAAUUGUUUACUGGCCUUCA